AUGUUAUCAAUCAAAAGUUUAUUAGGAAAUAUAAUUUCUCCAAAUUCAUUGAAACCCAAAUUGUUGUCGAGAUCAUUAACUCCACUAAUAAAUGAAUUUCACAGAACAAAAAAAAGUUCUGUUGAAGAUUCGACACGCAGAAAUAAUAAAAGAAGAAGUAACUUAAGAGAUAAAAAAAUUCCUUACAACGUGAUCGAGUCGUUGUUUAAACCAGUUGAAGUGUUGCCUGAUCCGUACGAUGAACAUCUAGGUGCCGAAAUUACUGGGAAAUUAAAUAAAUCAGAUGUUUACAAAAUCGUGAGUGCCUUUAUUCAACGAAAAGAAGUACGAGAUCUUGCUAAAGACGAAGGAUUGUCAGCUGAUUUAUUGAAAGAGGCAGUGAUAGGUUUUAAACGGUAUUGUGAUAAUCCAGACACUUUACCGGUAGAUCUGCAUGUUAUCAUAAGUGAUCUCAUCAAAGGAUCUGGACAUGUCUUGGACAUUUAUCCGUAUUUUAUGCGAUUUGCAAAGGAAAUGUACCCACAUCUUAAUUGUAUGCCUGAUUUGAUGCAAAUAAGUGAUUUAAGAAAUCCGGCUAAAUGGUAUCCUCAAGCGAGAUUAUACAAAAGAAAAAUAAUCUUUCAUGCUGGGCCAACGAAUAGUGGAAAAACUUAUCACGCAUUAAAACGAUUUAGGAGUGCGAAAAAUGGAAUUUAUUGUGGUCCACUUAAACUUUUAGCCGUUGAAGUUUUUUCAAAAACAAAUGAAUUGGGUACGCCGUGUGAUUUAGUUACUGGAGAAGAAAGAUUAUUUGCUAAUAAUGAAGAUAAUCCUGCUGAACAUGUCGCUUGUACGGUUGAAAUGGCUAGAAUUGAUGUUCAUCGUGAAGUGGCUAUAAUUGACGAAAUACAAUUACUGAAAGAUAACGACAGAGGUUGGGCUUGGACAAGAGCAUUAUUGGGUAUCCCCGCUGAUGAAAUUCAUCUGUGUGGUGAAGCAGGAGCUAUAGAUUUAGUUAAAAAAAUAUGUGCCACCAUGGACGAAGAAGUUGAAGUCCACCCUUACCAACGUCUUACUCCGUUAACGAUAGAAAAUCACGCAGUAUCAUCGUUGAAUAAUAUUCAACCAGGAGACUGCAUAGUUUGUUUCAGUAAAAAUGACAUUUAUGCCGUUUCGCGAGAACUCGAGCUUUUGGGUAAAAAGGUAGCUGUUAUUUACGGUUCGCUUCCACCAAACACUAAACUGAAACAGGCUGCUAAAUUCAACGACCCUAAUGAUCCGUGCAAAAUUAUGGUCGCUACUGACGCGAUAGGCAUGGGAUUAAACCUGAAUAUCAGAAGGAUUGUAUUUUAUUCACUGAGAAAGCCGACAGUAAACAACGACGGGGAAAAAGAAAUAGACAUAUUAACUGUUUCAACGGCUUUACAAAUUGCUGGUCGUGCUGGCCGUCAUGGAACUCAAUGGCAAUCGGGUUUCGUAACAACCUUCAAGCCUGAAGAUCAUUCAUUAUUAAAAACAUUAUUAAGUCAAUUACCAGAACCAAUUUUGAAAGCUGGGUUACAUCCUACCGCAGAUCAAAUAGAGCAUUGUGCAUAUUAUUUGCCCAAAUCAACACUAUCAAAUAUAAUAGACAUCUUCGUAUCGUUAUCUAGAGUUGAUGAUUCGCUGUACUUUAUUUGCAAUAUCGAUUAUUUUAAAUACCUCGCAGACAAAAUUCAAGACAUUAAUCUGCCCCUCAGAGCUCGUUAUGUAUUUUGUUGUGCUCCAAUCAAUAUUAAGUCGCAAUUAGUGUGUGUUAUGUUUCGCAAAUUUGCAACGCAGUAUUUCAAAAAUGAACUCAUUACUUGUUCGUGGCUGUGCAAGCAAAUCGACAACUGGCCUUUGGAGACUCCUAAAACCAUUGUUGAAUUAGUUCAUCUCGAAGCUGUCUUCGACGUGUUCGAUCUAUACCUUUGGUUGAGUUACCGAUUUCCGGAUCUUUUCCCGGAUCAAGAAGCAAUUCGCCAAAUACAAAAGGAAAUAGAUUUACUGAUUCAAGAUGGUAUUAUUCGAUUAACUAAACUUUUUAGUAGAACAGAACCAGCUGUAAAGAUUAGUGGUGAGUUCCUACGAGAAAAUGAGGACAAAAAUGCCGAUUUAAAUCAAAUUCAGCGUUAUAAAGAUCGACCAAAACCAAUUUAUGGUAAAGGAAAAUUGACAAAUAGACUUAUAUCUCAAGGUUUAUUAACCGCAAAUAUGAUCAAAGAACUUCGUCUUGAAUGGGCAGAAGAACUUAAACAAGAAAAUAAAUCAAUAUCGAAUAACGACAAACCAAGGACAAAAAAAUCACCCGAAGUUCCUAAAAAAACAAAGUGUAUGUGUGAAAGCUAAACUAUUUUAUGAAUGA